GGUAUAUCUUCUUUGCCUGGUGAACUGACCGGCCAGAAGUUGACCCUUCCGGGGCCCAAGUCUGUGAGUGAGACACCGGCCCCCCUCUGGCCCGCAGCUGGGAGUCCCUGGCACGCGCCAGCUGCACUUGCGGCAUCUGCUCCGCACCUGCCUUGGUGUUCGCCCCCAGCUGUGAGGCUGAGACUCCCCAGUCUCGGAGGGCACCCCACACCUGCUGCGGCCGCGCCAUCUACCUGCAGCUGCGGGCCGACAUCCCAGCAGAGAGGCAGGAGGCGUUGUUUCCGUGACCCUUGAAGCCUUGCACUCACGGUUUCUGAGAGAGAGUGGCAGCCUUUCCCUCGCUUCCCCCAGUACUCCACCUUUGAAAGGCUGCUGAGCAGAGUCAGCCUUACGGCACAGAAGUUUAGUUGGAUUUUCAAAGACUCCUGGGAACUCCUGGCCCGGUCAGUCGAGCCUCUUCUCUGUAGGCAAGAGUUGAGGGACUCAGUUUUGGAUUUCUGUACGACAUCUGCCCUGACCAACCUUUAGACAGAAGAGCCAGGAUCCAGCCCUACUUCAAUGGACCCCAGGGGCAUCUUGAAAGCAUUUCCCAAGAGAAGGAAAAUAUAUGCCAAUCCACCAUCAAACGCUCCUGCUAAGAUUCCCAAGAGGCAAGAGGGAGAAGCAGCAGGAGAAUGGCUGAGCUCCCUGAGGGCCCACAUUGUGCCCACUGGCAUUGGACGGGCUCGGGCAGAACUCUUUAAGAAGCAGAUUAUCCAGCACGGUGGCCAGGUAUGCCCUGCCCAGGACCCAGGGAUCACUCACAUUGUGGUGGAUGAAGCCAUGGACUGUGAGCGGGCCCUCCGUCUCCUCAGACUGCCUGAGCUGCCCCGGGGGACUCAGCUGGUGAAGUCAGCCUGGCUGAGCUUGUGCUUACAAGAGAGAAGGCUGGUGGACACAGCCAGCUUCAGUAUCCUCAUUCCCAGCAGGAACUUGGACCAGCCACAGCCCAGCAAGGCAGAUCAAGACUCUUCUGCCUCUCCUGGUACCCAUGAGGUUCUGCUGAAGGCGGCCUUCUCUUCUCCCCGUGGAGCUGCAUCUCCUCCCCAAAAGGCAGAAGAGGGAGCAAGUACCCAAGCUCAGUCUAGCUCUGAUGAUGAAGCCAGUGAUGUGGAAGGGCCCCAGGUUAGCGCAGCUGAUCUGGAAGCUCUGAUCAGUGGCCACUACCCAACUCCACCUGAGGAAAACAGUGGACCCGACCGAGCCCCAGAGGCCCUGGAGAAGUGGGUCUGUGCACAACCCUCCAGCCAGAAGGUGACCAACCACAACCUGCACAUCACAGAGAAGCUAGAAGUGCUGGCCAAUGUCUACAGUGUUCAGGGAGACAAGUGGAGGGCCCUGGGUUACACCAAAGCCAUCAAUGCCCUCAAGAGCUUCCACAAGCCAGUGAGCUCCUACCAGGAAGCCUGCAGCAUCCCUGGGGUUGGGAAGCGGAUGGCUGAGAAGAUCAUGGAGAUCCUGGAAAGUGGGCAUUUGCGGAAGCUAGACCAUAUCAGCGAGAGCGUGCCCAUUUUGGAACUCUUCUCCAACAUCUGGGGAGCGGGGACCAAGACAGCCUGGAUGUGGUACCAUCAGGGCUUUCGGAGCCUGGAAGAUAUUCGCAACCUCGCCUCCCUGACUGGCCAGCAGGCUGUGGGCCUGAAGCAUUACAGUGACUUCCUGGAACGCAUGCCCAGAGAGGAAGCUGCAGAGAUUGAGCAGACAGUCCGGGUGGCCGCCCAGGCCCUCAGUCCUGGGCUGUUGUGUGUGGCGUGUGGCUCCUUCCGGCGGGGGAAGCUGACCUGCGGAGACGUGGACGUGCUCCUCACUCACCCGGACGGCCGGUCCCACCGAGGCAUCUUCAGUCGCCUCCUGGACAAGCUGAGGCAGCAAGGGUUCCUCACAGAUGACCUGGUGAGCCAGGAGGACCACGGCCAGCAGCAGAAGUACCUGGGCGUGUGCCAGCUCCCGGGGCCAGGGCGGCGGCACCGGCGACUGGACAUCAUCCUGGUGCCCUACAGCGAGUUUGCCUGCGCCCUGCUCUACUUCACCGGCUCUGCCCACUUUAACCGCUCCAUGCGGGCUCUGGCCAAGACGAAGGGCAUGAGCCUGUCCGAGCACGCCCUCCGCACGGCUGUGGUCCGCGGCACACAAGGCGCCAAGGUGGGGCCCGGCCAAAUGCUGCCCACCCCCACGGAGAAGGACGUCUUCCAGCUCCUGGGCCUGCCCUACCGGGCGCCAGCCGAGCGAGACUGGUGACAGGGCACACGCACGCGCACACGCACGCACCCCAUCCAGUACCCCAGCCUCGACUGGCCGAACCUCCCUCCUUCAGCCACUGCUGUGCUGGGCGGCUCUUGGGCUCUCUCCUGCCUCACUGCUGCCCCUGGUGAGUCCUGCAUACUUCCAGGUGUGGGCGGCAGCCCUUGUCCCCCGUUAAGAGGAAUGGGUGGCUGGUUUGAAGCCAGCUCCCUGGGAUCCCCUUCCCACCCUGAGAAAGAUUUAGCUGCUGGGGGAGAAGGAAGCAGCUGUGGUCCAGCUUCAGCCAGGAGCCUUUGGAGGGGAGGACAGGCCACCCCACACGUGCUGCCUGCAUUCACUGGCUUCCUGUGCCGCUGGAGCUGCUAGGAAGUGGGUGCCCUGGCUCUGUGAGGGCAGAGUCAGAGGCCCAGGGCCCAGUAAAGUGUACUGGACGCUCAGCCUGCCUGGCCUGUGAAUUGCUGCAGCCCGUCCGUCUGUCCCCUUACACCCAGGCACGACAGAGAUGGGAGCCAAAUGGCAGAGCCCAGACACGCUGCACUGACUGCCCUCAGGACAGCCGGCAGCUCAGGGUGGGCCAAGAACGGCGCGAGUCCUGUCCGGCAGCUUAGCUGCCUUCACUGGCUUGUCCCAGGGAGGAGACGGGGCCUCCCAGCCCGCCUCCUGUCCGGCCCAAUCCCCUCACUGUCCCUGGCCAGCUGGACUACCUUUCUUGGCUACACACUACAGCCCCGAUUCGGGUGAAACAUGGCGACGAGCUGCUUCUCUGGAUUAUCUGGUGGCUGCGGGUGAAGGGGUCUGAGAGCCAAGAGCUGUGUGGGUGGAAUGCAGGCUGGAGACGUGAGCCCACUCGAAGGUGGCAGACGGGCAGGCAGCCUGGAGUGCAGUGGCUAUGAAGACAGUUCCACGGGUCCUACUUGUGCCUCCAGCGGGGGCAAGCACAAGCCCUGCCCAAGCCUAGUUUAUCUGAGUGACACCUGUGUCUGACCUUGGACCGCAGGACUGAGAGAUGGCUUCCUGUUGUGUUAAGCCACAAAGCUGCUGGUGGUAACCAGGGAGCAGGGCAGCGAGCGAGUCCUGGGGUCGCUGAAGUGCAGCUGCUGUGUGGGAGGGAGGCCUGAGGCCUCCGCCCUCUUCCAGCUGCCAUGGGGCCAGGGUGCACUCCUUUAGUUUCAGUUGCCUGCUGACACUUUGUACUCAAGAUCCAAGUCCUGCCUGGCUGCUCUGCCCCAGCCUGGCCUUGGCAUCCAGCAGCAUGAUCUCUUUGCAGGGUCUUGGCGACAGUCUGACCCUGAAAGGGGAGCAGUAAAUCAGGUUUCACCUAGGUUCUGGCUGCUUAUGGGGAGAGGGUAUAGGCACAGACCAGGCCCUCUCAGCCCACACCCAAAAUGGGCACUGCAGCUGGGCGUGUUGGUGCACACCUGUAAUCCCAGCACUCAGGAGGCUGAG